CGAUUCCGGCUGGGCGGUUGGCUCAGAAAUACUCUAGUGUUUCAAGAGCACAACUAGCGAGAGAGUCUAAUCAAAUCGUAAUAUUACUAAGCUAAGCUACUGACCUACGUGGGCGGUAUCAAAACAUUGAGUAGGCAUCGCAUGUUUACGGUCCACAGAACUAUAUGAAUUAAAAUUAUUAAAAAAAAAUAUUGUGAAUUUAAUACGAGUGCAGUGAAAGGCAUUAGUGUUGGGAUUUUCAGUAUUAUUGACAUUUGUGUAUUUCAUUAAUAAUGACAGCAUCUACUAUGAUUGAACUUGAGUCCUGGAUAAUUUACCAGUGUGUUCUAAAUGAGUGUCAUGUCUCCAGUUCAUGAGCUGAUUUAACGACUUUAACCAAAAUAUAUUUUGGCUCGAGUUUUUUUAAGUUUCCUUCAUGGUAGCCGCUUCAAUGGAAGGCGGCGCGUGGUGCGCCCGCGACAUUUCACUGCGGGCCCAAAAAAAAUUCCUCUCAAAGGUCGGCGGCGCAGCCAGCGCACGUGCUCUCGUCCUAGACGAACAUGCCGCUAAAUUACUAGACCAGUUUUUAACAGUACUCCGACAGAGGGUUGAUAAGCGGGAGGCGGAGAAGGUGGUGAAACAUGUAAUUAAAGCGGCUGUAAAGCUUGGAGUGUUAAGACGACACGGACAGCUUUCAGCCGCUGAUGAACGCGCUUUAGCUGCUUUCAGGUCUAAAUUUUACACUGUGUUGAUGGCUGUAAUAUCAUUCUGCGAGGUCGAUUUCUCUUACGAUCGCGGCUUCCUUCAAGAUGCUUUACGAGAUUCUCACCAGUCACUCAAAUCGGUUGUCGAAAGGCACUUAUCCGACAAAUCAGUAUCCCGCCUGGGCGGUGUUUUCGCGUUGGCGUCCCGAGGUGAGCUCUUAGACUCGCUGUUCGCUGGACAAAUCGACGAUGACGUUUUAAAACUAACAAAAAUGAUAAGGAAAGAAUUGGACCGUGGUCUACUGUAAUGCUAAACGACAUACACACAUGUGCCGUCCUAAGCUGUGCAUAAUCUUUUAGGGAUAUACAUAUAUCUCUGCACAUAGUACCGCUUCCACACAGCACUGAGAUGUCUUUAAACUAAAGCUCUCUACAACGGUGUGCACUCGGUUUUAUAAGUACCUAACAAGUGCAUCGGCGCACUAUAAUAUAAUAAUUCAGUUUCAUUCGUAAAUCUUAAAUCAUAAAUUGGUUUACGAAUGAAGUGCUGACUACUUUUACAUGGAUACAGCCACGAUAAAGACCGCACGAUUUACUUAGAACUAACAUCUAGUUUAGUUUAUAUUACAAUAACAUGUGUUUAAUAUUGAACUUUUUUUUUUUUUAAUUUUUAAUAGAACGUGACAAAGCUCGGUACAAGUGUUCGUUCAUAACAUCCGUCAAAUAACGUACUUGCCCUAUUUUAUGCCAGUAUUAAGUGUUGAUUGUGUAGGUGUUAUAUCGUUUGUUAGGCGAGUUAAUUUGUUACUGAACAAAUUUUACAAAAUUGCAAUGUAUAUUUAACAGUUUUUUAUAUAUAAAAAGAUUGAUAUUUGAUAGAAACAAAAAGUUUUGGAAUCUCAGAUUGAAAUUUAUUUUAAUGUUGUAAUUCAAAGGAUCGUAAACGUACUGAAAGUUGUUUAUUCCUGUACAAGCUAAACUUGCCACAAAGACUUUUUUUGCCCAAAUGUUAUUAUAUUGUGUAAUAUUUUUUUGCGUUAGAUUUAAAAUCACCAAUAGCAAAUGUAAAAAAUAAGCAAUCGUUACAAUAAUAUCGUUAUAUUAUAAGAGCACUUUGUGACAAUAUUUUAUUUCUAUGAAUUCGCUUGUACCUCUAUCUCACUUUCUCUCUUUCUGAGAUAUAUCUAUAGGUUAAUGUAUCAUCGUAUUUGAUAAUAUUUUCCUAUAUCCUGUUUUCUUACUAAGGUGUUUUAGGCUUGCCUAAUUAUAUCACACACGCGAGUAUAGAGCACCGUAACUUUUUAUAAUUUCCUAAAACUUACGAAUACAAGUUACAAUUAGGAUACGAUUUUAUAAAUAUACAAAAAAAAAUGUCUGAAAAUCUUUUUACAGUAGCCGCGUAUUUUUGAAUCUCCUUAAUAAUACAUGUGUUAUAUAAAUGAUAUGACACGGCAAGUCGGACCAAAAUCUAGUAUAGUUCAAACAUAUCUGAACUAACGUCAUAUCUGCCAUUAAUUAGCAAUAAAAGAAAUUAUUAAUAGUUUUAAUUUAUUAUAAAACGUAGCAUAAUUUUUAUAUCUCCGCACAAACUUGCCCGUAGUUGGUGGAGAGUGAGUUAUGGUCCAAAAUUUAUAACAAUUUUUAUUUAUUGCCAUCAUACAAAUUGAUUGUGUUUCAUAAGUCUGGUAUUGUUUUGAAUUUUGACUUUGACGUAGGCUCAAUAGGACUCGUAUCCAGAGCCGUAAAAACAUUUACAAAAAAAUGACUUUGACGUAUGAACUGUCAAAACUUAUAAUGUCUACGAUUUAAAACAACCUAACCUAAUGUUUACGAGGAAUCUAAUUAUUGCGAGACGUAUAAAAUUAAAUUAUUAUUGCUUAUUAAGCUAGAUGAAAUCAAAGACAUCUGAUGUAAUGACAAUAUUUUAUAAAAAUUCACGUGUCUCUCUAAGACAAUGGCUGUUAAAUGUAUUUGUGUACGUCAUAUCAAUUUAAAAUUAGUUGCAAUGUGUUUAGACAUAAUUGGCUUUGUUAUAAUGGUAAGGAACGUCUUAUGUUUGUAAUUUUUAUUAUUCUUGUGACAAAAUAUAGCUGUGUUAUGAUAUUUUUAUUUAGAAGAAUCUGCACUGAAUUUGAAAUACUUAACAUCUGUGCUUGUAUUUGUAAUACCUACCUAUAUUUGUUAUUAUUUCAGUUUUUGUAAUACUUCAUAACUUGGCUCUAAAACUAACUUUUCAUCCGACUGGUGUUCAAAAUGUUUAUACAAUUUUAAUGACUUGUUAUAACUGUUUAAUUCAUUUAAUAAUCCGAUACACAUGACAUAAAUAUAAGGAUCUCAAUUUAUUUGUCUGUAUGUUGUUCAGUCAAUGAAAUUAAAUGUACAUUUGGACAUUAAGCUGUGUUUACAUUAAGGUUUGAUAUCAAAAAUAUACAAGUGAUGAAAAGGA